AUGGCAUCGAAUAACAGGAAUAACUCACCCAGCGAGGACCUUCUCGCCGCCACUACCAGGCUUUCGAAAGCAGUGACCUCAACGGCCUCAGCGUUGAUCAAUACCUCAGAUUCCAGCAAUGUCUUGUUGAAAACCCCCCAUUACCAGAAGGCGAUUUACGAUACAUUGAUUGGUCCCCAUAGGAACCAGCAGCCAAGGACAGUGGCCGUGAAGUUUAGAAAGAAAAAAGCUCCCAGUGAGUUUUUGCGAUUGAAUUUUAGCAAGGAUGAGAUCAGUUAUCGUGCCAUCACCCAUAUUCCCGAUGAUUUGUUAAAUGAGAUCCCUGAAGGAUCGAACCUAGAAAAUAAAGACAAAUUCACGCUUUUCCAAGGGUUCAAUGCGUCGAUACCCCAAGUUAACGAGGAAUUGAAUCUUUUCAAAGAAUUGAAUCUCGAAAAUCUAAAAUUUUCCACCAAGGACGAUAGCCAAAAGUUACUCACAUUAGAUACAAAUGAUGAGAAAAGUAAAAUCAUAAUAGAGAAAAAAUUGAAUAAUCCCCUCCCCAUAGAUAUAUCUUCCAAGAAAAUCAAACAAUCCAAAUCAGUGAAGAAUUUGAAUAUCUAUAAGCAAAAAAUAUUGAAGAAAAUGCAUUAUUUGGAGAUCAGGAAAAAUUUGACCUCUAACGAAAUAAGUGAAAUCGACGCAAAAAUCCAAAAACUCACUUCCAUGAGGGAUGCGUUGUUUCAAAAAGUUGCAAAGUUUGAAAAAGACGAAAUAUAUCUUGAAGGGUUCAUCCAUGAAAUUUCUGAUAAGGUCGAAGCAUUAGAUAAAGGAGAAGUUGCCGUUGAUGACGAAGCAGAGGAUUCCAGUGAUGAGUUGAUAGAUACCAAUACUAAUUUAUCGACAAAGAAUCCUGGAAAGAAAUCGAUAAGCUUCAAUAAAGACACAAUAGUUCAUGACAGUGAUAAUGAUCCAGAGAAAAAAACUAGUGAAGAAGCACCACAAGCCUAUCAGUCUCUCCUGGAAGAGUAUGAUCUUAUAGAGGAUGCAGAAGCUGAUGAAUACUUCCUAUCGCAAUCGAUAUACACAUCAUUACAAAAGAAACCGCCAAAAUAUCACAAAAUCUCAUCAAAAAAUAGGAAAAUCAAACCAACAUUACAAAAUUACUACAACAGCGGGGCAGAAAUCAGUAGUUUCCCUGCUCAUGAGCAAGGCAUUACCUGCUUUGAUUUUGACUAUCCCUUUGGAACCAUGGUUAGCGCUCUGUUGGAUAGCACAGUUAGGGUAUGGGAUUUAAGUACCCAGAAAUGUUUGACAUUGUUGGAAGGUCAUGAGAUGUAUGUCAGAUGCAUGCAAAUGGAUAAUAACUUGUUAGUUACCGGUAGUGAAGAUAGUAAUCUUAAACUAUGGGAUUUAUCAAGGGUCGAAAAUAAGGAGUACGAAGACGAUGAUGGUGUUCUCGGGAAAAGUGGUGAGGAAGACGAAAAUGACUCUGAUCCUUGUGUUUAUACAUUUGAAUCUCACAUAGAUGAGAUUACUGCAUUGCAUUUUGAUGAGAAUAAUUUGCUUUCUGGAUCUUCAGACCGUACCAUUAGACAAUGGGACAUGAAAACCGGUCAUUGCUUACAAACACUCGAUGUUUUGUGGGUUACAAAUAAUGCCCAAGUGACUUCUCCUAUUGAUACUGGUAUGUCAUACCAAGGAUCAUCUACCCAGAAUAAUAGCAACGUUCCGUUUAUUGGUACAUUGCAAUGUUAUAGUGCUGCAUUGGCGUCCGGUACCGCAGAUGGUAUUGUGCGACUAUGGGAUUUGAGAUCCGGUGAGGUUAUUAGAACGUUAACAGGGCAUACUGGGCCAAUCACUUGUUUACAAUUCGACGAGAAAUCAUUAAUUACUGGAUCAGAAGAUAAAAGUAUCAAGGUAUGGGAUUUGCGAAUGGGUAAGAUUGAGCAAAACUUGGUAUAUGAUUCAGGGAUUGCUAGUCUUCAAUUUGACUCGAAAAAGAUUGUGUUUACAAAUAAUCAAUCGUAUGUGAGCGUUUACGAUCGUGAGAGUGGCGAAGUUAACAAGCUAGUCCCAAAGGAUGUGGCAUUUACCAGUACCUCCAUAUUUGCCCGAUAUAAAGAAGGAUAUUUGGUUGGAGGCUACUCUAAUGGAGUUGUGAAAACCUGGGCAGUAUGA